AAGUCUCUCUUCUCUAAGACGUGUCAAGUGUUUCAAUAAGUUGAAAUAGUGUAUUUUGAACAUUAUUAGAAAAGAAUGUGUUCUAGAUUUAUUAGUUUUCUGAUAGCUUCAAUAUACUUAAUGCCAAUAAUGUGCUUUCAAUUGGAAACAGAGUGGUGCUCGACUAGUCAAGGCAUUGGAAGAUGUCGUCCUGAUUUCAAUUGUUUCAAUGAAAACAAAUUGGAUAACUCGAAUUGCAGUAAACCAGAACAUGUAUGCUGCCCAGAGCCUGAAAUUCCUGCACUAAGUAUGGCUGUUCUCGGAUAUGGGAAAACUUUUGAAACUGCCGUAUGGAUUUGCGGUGCAGCACUUAUAAGUGAUAAAUUUCUUCUUUCUGCUGCUCAUUGUUUGAAAAGUGAUCAAGGUUUUGUGAGAUGGGCACGUCUUGGAAAUGUCAAAUUGAAGGAGAAGUCACCAAAUGAGCAAAUAUUUCAAAACAAAAAGUUGGUACACCCAAAGUACAAGUUACCUUCAUUCAUGUACGACAUUAUGCUUUUGGAACUUGAUAAACCAGUGACUUUGACGCCCUACGUCCGCCCAGCUUGCUUGAACAUGAAUGAUACUGUCAACACAGAUACUGCUAUUGCCACUGGAUUUGGAAAAUUGGAAUAUACUUCAGACAAAGGAACCAACGAGCUGAUGAAGGUCAGCAUCGAUAUAAAUCCUCUGGAUGUCUGUCAGAAAACCUAUUCAUACAGCAAAAGACAGUUUCCGGUCGGCGUUCACGACUCGGUGCUUUGCGCCGGUGUUCUUAAAGGUGGCAAAGAUACGUGUCAGGGAGAUUCGGGAGGACCCCUUGUGGUGGCGGUAGAUGAGCCCUUCUGCAUGUAUUGCAUCAUAGGAGUGACGUCAUUUGGGCUUUUUUGCGGGUUUGCAAAUUCACCAGCCAUCUAUACAAGAGUAUCUUAUUUCACGCCUUGGAUUGUUGAGAAUGUCUGGAAAAAGACACUCAAAGAUCACAAUGGGACUAAACCAGACCAACUAUUUGGUGAGGAGGAAAAAGUCAAGGAUGGGGAAGAAUCAAAACAACUUUCCAAGAACAAGAGAGAAAAUGGAAGUGAGGAUGAAUCAGAGCAAUCACUUGAUGAUGGAAGUGAGAGUGGGAGAAAAUCAGUCGAUAAGGAGGAAGAUGAGAGAGAUAGAAAUUUCCAGAAACCCAUUGAUGAGAAGGAACAGAAUUUAAUUUUAAGGUAUAACGGAAUAGGAGGCAAGACAAGACCCAAGUUAGUACGGUAGCACAAAUUGUUGGCCCAUCAUUGGCUUACCCACGGUUGGCCAACAAUAAAAAUGUCCGCCCAGCCAACAGUUUCCCAACUUAGGGUCAAUGUAGAUUUAAUUGUUGGGUCAACAGAGGGCCCUUUGAAAUUUUAUGGUUGGCCCAUCGUCUAUUGCUUCCUUAGAUCAAAUGCAACAGAAAUGAAUUUUUAUGUAAACUACCACUUUAUUAUGAGCUCAAAUAAUAAUAGUAACCUUAACCACAAUCAAAGUUUAUGCUUUAUUAUGCAAAUAUUGUAGCAAAAACAGCACAUUUCAAGAUUUCCAAGGAGAAUAAAAAAACAAUAUAUGUAAUAUAUAAUUAUUGCUUUUUAUAGAUCCACAAUAUACAGAGUGCUUCAGAAGUAGUGUCGAGCAUUUUGGGAUAUUGUUCCUGGAUGAUAGGAGACUACAAAUGACGUAUUUGAAGUGUCCAAAACUCAGCGGUUAUCCUUAUAGCUGUCAUUUUGUUUUUUUCACUUAGAUAUUUUUAUCUCAAGAACAAAAUGUUGUAUUGAUCUGAAAUUGUGCACGAAUAUUUAUACUAUAGAGACUCAACUUAAAAAAAUUAAUAUAUUUGUGCAACUAGUGCCCAAAGAGCCACUUUGCUGCACCGAAAGAAACGUUUAUGCACGAGCCAUAGGCGAGUGCAGAAUGAUGGUUUCUUGAGUGCAACAAAGAAACUUUGUGCACGUAUUGCACAUUAAAUUUUUUCUACAGUUACCAUAGAAUGUGAAAAGUCAGUAAUAGGCGGUGAACAUGUCCUAUACUAAAUAAAAUUUUUGUGCAAAUCUGUAGUAUUUUUAAUGCUGAUAAUAAAUAUUGCAACCAUUCCACAACAGAAUUAUUUAAAAUUCAGUCUAAAUGACAAUAGAAUGAAUAUUAUAAAGUUAUAUGAGAUUCAAUAUUAUAAUAAUACUUUAUCUACAAGAAGUCAUCAGCAAGUGUGGAAAUUUUCACAUCACUUGUCUGGAUAUGUAUUUUGAGCCAUACCUAACCACAAAAGUAAAUAUAGAUAUAAAAAUACUUGAUUCCUUGAUCAUGAAAAUGGCCAAUAAAUGUUUUCAAUGUCUUCCAGUUAAAAAUAUAGGCAUCUCAUAAAAAAUCGUUCAUGAUAACUUGAAUAGAAAUAAAAUACUGAUAUUGAAUACUAUAAAAACUUCUUGUUUAUUAACUGUUUGUUAUCAAACAUUUCUUUUACUUUGCCGCACUCUACCAUUAUAAAGCGUGUUAACUAUUUUGUGUUAUGUUGCAAAUUUGGAGUGCGACAAAGUCUUUGCCGCACUCAAAUCUACAUUCCCGCACUGGAUGUGGGAAUAAGGUAUUUUGCGAACUAUAACUGAUGCGGGAAUGAGCACUUUUUCGAGUAACUGUAGGAAAAAACAUUUUCGAUGUACAUAUUCAAAAUGGCGGCCAAUGUUUGAUUGCAAAUUUCACAAAAAACAUUCACUUUACAGAAAAGUUACAGGAGACAAAAAAGUUAGAACAUUUUAUUAAGAUUUUAAGGAUACCUCAUUUAUUAAAAUUGGUCAGAGAAUAACAGAGAAAUUAAUCAUUUUCGUACAACAUGCAUGAUUAUGAACAAAAAAGAUCAUCUGAAAAACAUUGUAAAAUCAGCUGGAUGGCCAUAUGGAGCCAUACGAGUUUCAAAGCUUCAUCUUGGAUACAAUUGGAAUUAAAAAUUAAAUAUUGAUGUUCAAAUUGUGGA